GGAGCCACGCGUUUGCCAUAGAUCGAUGCUUCCCUCUGCCUGAUGUGCCCUCUGCCAUGUGCCGGGGGCUCCAGGCCUCUCUGAAACAAGGGGUGGCCCCGUUCUGAGAGGAUCCAUCUAUGUGGGAGUGAGCGAUACAGACGGAGCUUGAGAAGAGCUGGGGAAGUGAUGGAGGAAUUCACCACCCGGACCUAUGGGACCAGAGGGGUGGAUAACAGGCCUCUCUUUGGAGAGACUUCGCCACGGGAUAGAAUAAUCAAUUUAGCUGUUGGCAGCAUAACAUCCUUGCUGCUUAUAGUCACUCUGAUCAGUGCUUUUGUCUUUCCACAACUACCUCCAAAACCACUGCACAUAUUUUUUGCUUUCUGCAUCUCCUUGUGUAGCGUUUCAGCUGGCAUUCUUAUCUACUGGUAUCGACAAGGAGACCUGGAGCCUAAAUUCAGGAAUCUAAUUUACUAUAUCUUGUUUUCUAUUAUCAUGCUAUGUAUAUGUGCCAACCUCUACUUCCAUGAAGUGGGUAAAUGACUAUUACAGGGCACAGCACAGACUGCGUCGAGAUUGCCUGGAUGGAAGUACUCUUGAGGUGGAUGACUGGCAC